AUGCUUUCUCGAAGAAAGAGAACUAUUACUGGAAAGCCUGUCAUACCAAGUGUUCCGAAGAUCAAGCCAGUGAAAGCCAGGAGAAUCAUCCGAAGAUUUCAUUUAUUAAUUCAAAAACGCAGAAUUAUAUGUCAAAAACUGCGAUGCAAAAUAGUAGAUAAUGACGAGGAAGCCAAUGUCAAUUAUAUUCAGAAAUUUUUUGAGAAGAAUAUAUCGCUACGUGAAAGCUACACUUCUGGAAAGGAAAGCUCCCACCCGAAUAGUGAGUUAGAAAAGCUUCUAAUAAGUGUUCAAAGUGUUGAUGACCGUAAUGAACUCUGUAGAGUCUUUGGGUAUAUUUGCGCAGAGAUUCAAGAACAUGGCGGUUUACAGAACUACCAAAUGGCUAGUACCGUUGGACAAGAUGCUAAUAGAGGAGGGGAUUCUUCGAAGCAGUUAGUUAGUUGGUGUGAAGAGCUUUCUUUAGAUAAAUCGGUGGGUAUGACUGCAUUAGAAUUAGGCUCUCUUAGUGCAAAAAAUUAUAUUUCGACAUCUGGCAUUUUCAAUCCUGUUGUGCGAAUAGAUCUAAACUCUAACGACCCUGUUAAUAUCAAAAAGCAAGAUUUUAUGGAUAUGGAAAUUCCGAAAAAUGAGUCCCAGAGAUUUGAUCUGAUUUCAUGUUCUUUAGUUCUCAAUUUCGUGCCAACACCCAUUCAACGGGGCCAAAUGAUCUGUCGAUUUCAAGAAUUUUUGAAGCAUGAUAAGAGAACUUACCUUUUCAUUGUUCUUCCUCUCCCAUGCAUAACAAAUUCCCGUUAUAUGAACCGCAAUAGAUUCUGUCAAAUGAUGGAAUACCUCGGGUAUUCGGAAGUUAGGUACAGAGAAGCGAAGAAACUUGUAUAUUGGCUCUUUGAUAGAGAUCCUUCUAAAAAAUCCAAAGGUACUAAAGAAAUUGCCCAGUUUACAAAGAAAACAAAGAUUGAAGAUAAGCCUGGUAUGAAUAACUUUGCCAUAACAUUAAUGGCCAAGUAG